AUUGCAAGGUAGAUUUGAGAAGUUGUUCCAAUCGGGCACCAUCCAGGACGUUCAAUAUGCGUGGCUACGUUCUUCUGUUGGUCUGUCUGUCGCUGAUUGCCUCCUCAUGGGGUCGUAACUUGAUUCUUGGCAAACGUUCACCUAACGACGUGCUCAUAGACGAUCGACUCGUCUUCAAGCCGCCAGUGCCAGGUGUCAAACAGAUAAUGACCAUUAACGCAACUGCACCAGCCGGUUAUGAAAUCUCCUCCAUCAGGGCAAUUAGUCUGAAUUCGAAAGCAAUAAACGUCAAACUUGUGAGAGGUUACCUCGGGCAACAAUCCGUCGUCCUACUGGCUGUUGCUAAGCCAGGUUGGAUUCUUCUGGCGAGAGUCUACGUAUACGCUGUUCCUAGAGAUGCCGAAACUACUGUCGAAUCACCUACUUCUACUGAACCAGUGGUAACUACUCCCAGCGAACCAGCAUCUACUCCCAGCGAACCAGCAUCUACUCCAAGCGAACCAGCAUCUACUCCCAGUGAACCAGCAUCUACUCCCAGUGAACCAGCAUCUACUCCAAGUGAACCAGCAUCUACUCCAAGCGAACCAGCAUCUACUCCGAGCGAACCAGCAUCUACUCCCAGCGAACCAGCAUCUACUCCAAGCGAACCAGCAUCUACCCCCAGUGAACCAGCAUCUACUCCCAGUGAACCAGCAUCUACUCCCAGCGAACCAGCAUCUACUCCAAGCGAACCAGCAUCUACUCCCAGUGAACCAGCAUCUACUCCCAGCGAACCAGCAUCUACUCCAAGCGAACCAGCAUCUACUACAAGCGAACCAGCAUCUACUCCCAGUGAACCAGCAUCUACUCCCAGCGAACCAGCAUCUACUCCCAGUGAACCAGCAUCCACUCCGAGUGAACCAACAUCUACUCCCAGCGAACCAGCAUCUACUUCCAGCGAACCAGCAUCUACUCCCAGCGAACCAGCAUCUACUCCCAGUGAACCAGCAUCUACUCCCAGUGAACCAGCAUCCACUCCGAGUGAACCAACAUCUACUCCAAGCGAACCAGCAUCUACUCCAAGCGAACCAGCAUCUACUCCCAGCGAACCAGCAUCUACUCCCAGCGAACCAGCAUCUACUCCAAGCGAACCAGCAUCUACUUCCAGCGAACCAGCAUCUACUCCGAGUGAACCAACAUCUACUCCCAGUGAACCAGCAUCCACUCCGAGUGAACCAACAUCUACUUCCAGCGAACCAGCAUCUACUCCCAGCGAACCAGCAUCUACUCCAAGCGAACCAGCAUCUACUCCCAGCGAACCAGCAUCUACUCCCAGUGAACCAGCAUCUACUCCCAGCGAACCAGCAUCUACUCCCAGCGAACCAGCAUCUACUCCCAGUGAACCAGCAUCCACUCCGAGUGAACCAACAUCUACUCCAAGCGAACCAGCAUCUACUCCCAGUGAACCAGCAUCUACUUCCAGUGAACCAGCAUCCACUCCGAGUGAACCAACAUCUACUCCAAGCGAACCAGCAUCUACUCCAAGCGAACCAGCAUCAACUGCCAGUGAACCAGCAUCUACUCCAAGCGAACCAGCAUCAACUGCCAGUGAACCAGUAUCUACUCCCAGUGAACCAGCAUCUACUCCCAGCGAACCAGCAUCUACUCCUAGCGAACCAGCAUCUACUCCCAGUGAACCAGCAUCUACUCCCAGUGAACCAGCAUCGACUCCCAGUGAACCAGCAUCUACUCCCAGCAAACCAGCAUCGACUGCCAGCGAACCAGCAUCUACUUCCAGUGAACCAACAAGUAGCACCGUAGCAACAACUAGCGAAGAAAACACCUGGCCACCAGUGUGGACUGAGACAGAUGAAAUUGAGCAACCGUCAACCCCGAUCGUUCCAGCAUGGUGGAAAUGGUCCUAAGUUGGAUUCUAACACGAUAAUGAGAGUUAACAAUUAGUUUAUUACGUUUCUACAUAUCUACGUCCGGGGUAGUGUGAAUCGUCUGCGACGAUUCACGAGCAGUCGAUUGAAAAUCAUAUUUUGUUUAGCCUCUGGACGUCAAAUACGUUAAUAUCUCAUGAAAAAAAAUAUGUAUAGUGUGAUCAUCUUUUUAUCAACGAUCUAGCAGCUGUGUCACAACACAUCAAGUUUGAACGCCGUGAUAUACCUUACAAGCCGUACAAUUAUUUAAUCCAUUCUAUCAAUCGACAUUCCUUAAAUAAAUUAUAAUUAUUCCAUCAA